GCACAAUUUCGCAUCAUCAACUCCUCUAGGUUUCCGUCAUACUCCUCAGGCGCCGACUCGUCUCAAGCCUCUACACUAUUACCAUGUCGACCUCCCCACGCGCGCUCGACAAGCUCGCGUCGUGCUACCUCCACGACCCGCGUCUCAGCGCGACCGUCAAGCCGCAGCUCGCGCACCGCCUCAACCUCGCCGCGGCGUGGGGCAUCGAACCGGGCUGGACGGUGCUCGACGUCGGCUGCGGCGGGGGCGACAGCACGCUGGCCUUCGCCGAAGCCGUCGGGCCAGACGGGCACGUGACCGGCAUCGACCCCGGCAGCCUGGACGCGGGCACGCCGAGCGUCUCCGCGUCGCAGGCGUACAUCUUGCGUUCGCGCCUCGGCCCCCGCAUCUCCUUCCACCACGCCGACGCGCCGACCUUCCUCGCGUCUUUGGACUCGUCCUCCUCCGCCCCCUCCUCCUCCACUCGCCCCUUUGACGCAGCAACCCUCUGCCAUUCACUAUGGUACUUUGACUCGCGCACGACGGUGCGCCGCGUCUUCGACGCGCUGUCCGGGCGCGUCCGCCGCGUCCUCCUCGCCGAAUACACCGGCGAAGCACGCACGCCCGCACAAGCGCCGCACGCGCUCGCCGCACAAGUCCAAGUCCAGUUCUACCACGCGCAAGCGCGCGGCGAGGGCGAAGGCCCGAUCCUGCCGGGCGUGCGGGAGGCGCUGCGCCCGGCUGAGAUUGUGCGCGUCGCGCGCGCCGCGGGGUGGCGUGUCGCGCGCGAGGGCACCCUCGCCGUCCCGGAGGGUAUGGGCGAGGGCCGGGCCGCGGUCGCGGGCGUCACGGACCCGGGGUUUAUGGCGCGCCUCAUGGGCUUCGGGGUGCGCGGGACGACGGCGGAGAUGCUGGGUAUGGUCCAGGAGAUACGGGGGAUGAAGGAGGCGCUGGGCGGCGACGUCGCGACGAUGGACGUGGCGUGGGUCGUGCUUGAGCGGGACGAGGGGACGGGGGAGGAGGAGCGAGGGGAGGAAUGCGGCGAGCGGGGGGAGUAG